AUGGCCGACAGUGGACUUCCUACCAACGACCAAGGGCUGGACAGCGACCACCAACACACUCAUACUGUCCUUACCACCACCGGACCUGUGGGAGAAGCAGGUCUUCCACCAUCUCGUCCCACUUCCAACACUGCCAGUUCAUCUUUUCGCACACGAUCCGCCGCUCCUCAGGCUCGCAUAGGCUCUCCCGUACCAUCUCUAGGUGGUCGUGGUAGUGGCAGCUAUCAGAACGAUCCUUCUCGCCGUACCCAUGUUCCAAAUCUUAUAUCAAGUGCAUUUCUUCCAACCAGCCCAAGACAACCGCAAUCUCCACCUCCCACGAGUCCGCAAAGCCCGCAGAUUCCGAUAGCAAGACCAAGUACCGACAGUGGUCGCAAGACUCACCGUUCUCGCAAUAGCAAUGCGUCCAUCGUGACUCUUGAGCAGAGCAACAGGCCUCGAAUUGACCCCGAUGCUCCUCCUUUGCCAACUUCCCGAGGAACUGGAACCACGAACUAUGAAUCCAGUCGCGAUUUGCAACCGUUCGGCAGUGCCAAAAGUCAAGAGAGUCAAUAUCCUUUGCGAAAGCCGCCCACACUUGAUAUAGAUGGUACCAUAAGAUCUGUUUCUUCGCUGCAAGCCCAGAAGUCGCCCAUCUCCUUGCGUCCAUCAUGGAGCCGCCAGAGUCGAUCGAGCCGGGCCAAUGGUAGGAGUACCGACAGAGACGGCCACGAGAAGUUACCCUCUGUACCACCUUCACCUCUGAAUCAUCCGGCCACGCCUGUCGCCUCGGGCCACAAGUCGAGCUCCGGUAGAAACUAUCAAUAUUUCAACGGCAAUGCUGUUUUCUUUCUGCAUGGCAGACUUAUUAAUGCUCGGCAGCGGCCGCUUAAUGUCUUUACUGCACUUCUUGCUGUCAUUCCUGCUGCUUUGUUCUUUGGCUUCUCUGCUCCGUGGCUAUGGCAUCACGUUUCUCCAGCGAUACCCAUCCUUUUUGCCUACGUUUUCUUCAUCUGUAUAUCUUCUUAUCUUCACGCAUCCUUUUCUGAACCCGGGAUCAUCCCACGUAAUCUUCACCCUCAACCACCCACUCCAGCGAAUGAGGAUCCCCUAGCCAUCGGACCAUCCACCACAGAAUGGGUCACUGUUAGAUCCUUUGGCCCGAACGCAAGUGGCAACGGUACUACCGCCAUGGAAGUUCCCAUCAAGUUUUGCAAAUCAUGCAACAUCUGGCGACCUCCACGCGCUCACCAUUGCCGCAUCUGCGACUCGUGUAUCGAAACUCAGGACCACCACUGUGUUUGGCUCAACAAUUGUGUUGGGCGACGCAACUACCGCUACUUUCUGACUUUCGUCGCCUCUGGAACUGUCCUCGGCCUGUUCCUACUCGGAGCCAGUCUUACCCAUAUCCUCGUGUGGAUGAACCGAAACCACUCAAACUUUGGGCAUGCUCUCAACGUCUGGCGUGUGCCAGCUGCAAUGUGUGUAUAUUCUUUCCUCAUUGUUACAUAUCCUCUGAGUCUUUGGGGUUACCAUCUCUUCCUCAUGGGUAGAGGCGAAACGACCAGAGAGUAUCUCAACAGCCACAAAUUCCAGAAGAAAGAUCGCCAUCGUCCAUUCAGCCAGCACUCGAUCAUUGCAAACUGGUCAAGUGUGUUCACAAGGCCCCGCCCGCCAACCUAUAUGCGCUUCAAACACCGCUACGAGGAAGGUGAUCAGCGCCUUGGUGAGCGAAGGUCUAGAAUGGCCAAGCCGUCCGAAAAGGAGGGCGAUAUGGAAAUGGGCGAGAUCAAGAGUGGGACUGCUAGCAGCAAUGCUGGCGGGUACCAAGGACAGCAGCGAGCGUUGACUCCUAUGAACAACACUCCUAGAAGUUGA